AUGUUCCUGAUCAGCUGGAACGUGGCGGGGUGGUCGUCCACCUCGCAGGCGAUUCGAGAGCGCUUUGGCAGCAUUCAUGACUUCUUUGCAUGCACCGAGGCAGACAUAAUUUGUCUUCAGGAGUGCAAAGGCACGCUUGCGAAGCUGAGCGCGUCUCCAGUGGACAUGGGGGCUAGCGAUCCGCCCGUGAGCCGCCGACCCGUUGUCACUCUCCUAAAGCGGCUGGCAGCUCAAGAGAAACGGCGACGGUUGGCCGGGUCGACCGAGGGUGAUGCACCCGUCGGCAGCAGCGGCGGCGGUGGCGGUGGCUGCAACGACGGCAUUGACGGCUGGGAGUCGUUCUGGUCUCUCAGCGGCAAGCAGCACCGCGGCCUCAACGGUGUCGUGACGUUUGCGCGGAAGGGCCUCACAUGGCGAUGCGACAGCCAACCCUUUUCAGAGGAUGCGUUCAACGAAGAGGGCCGCGCGGUGGUGACACACCACAGUGCCUUUGUGCUCGUCAACGUGUACGUGCCGAACGCUCGCGGCGGGGCCCGGCACGCUUUCAAGCUCCGUUUCCUGUACGCCUUGGAGAAGAAGAUGGAGCAGCUGCGCAAGGACACAGGGAAGCCGGUCAUCCUUGUCGGCGAUCUGAACAUGACGUAUUGCGCGCACGACGCCGCCUGGUCGCUGCGGCGCAUCCACCUGGGCACUCUCCUGCAGCUGCAGACGUUUGCCGAGACCAAGGGAGACACGGCGUGGACUGCCGCGCUCCCCCAUCUUUCGAAAGCGGCCGUGAAGCGAGUGGCAAACAUGAUCGCAAAUCAUUUGUGUGCACAGGCGCAAGAGAUAGCUGCGCUCAUGGACAGCGGCGCUGCCACGGCUGCGUCGUCUUCUGGCACUGGUGUUGUUUCCGUUGAUACGGAGGUCAACUCGAGCGACAAUGCGAUCGAUCGGGAGGCGCUGCAGCGACUCUGCGCACUUCUCCCGCCGCGAGGCUCAGGCGGCACUGGCAAGGGAGUGCACAAUUACGAGGCACCGCCAGUGUCGCUGCGGGCCCUUUACGACGUCGGUUUUCGCUGCGCGUACACCUCCGAUUUCGUGAAAAGCUCCCCGUGCCCCCACAACAGCGAACUGUACGCGGUGGUGCACUUCUGCGGACUAGCCCCGCACUCGGAUGCGUCGGCGGAGUUCAUGGGCCGGCUUCUCCAGCUCCGCCUGCCGGUGUCUUCCUCAGCAAUGCCCCAGCGCCUGCCAUGGACGGCGACUACAGAUGUAGCGGCUCGUCAAGCAGGGAUUUCGCGAGUACGCAUGUGGGACACUUUUCUGCUCACGAGAGAGAUGGUUGAUGCAUGGUCUACCGCUCCGGCGGACUCACCACUGAUUGAUGUGAUGCUGCUGCGCGAGGUGGAGCGCCCAAGGCUGCGGCCCUACUGCCCGUGCCCGUACACGUGCUGGGAUCAGUCACGCAACCGCCGUCUCGAAAACGAGGGCACGCGACUCGACUACAUCCUCGUUGACUCCGCUCUGCUCCCUGCGGUGGUGUGCCGCGCAGAGACAGCCAACAACGUCCUUGCCGGAGUGCCGGAGCGGAGCUCAUCCGCGUCUACUGCGCCGGGGCCAUCGGUGGAUCGAGAGGACUUUUUCAGUGAACUGCAUGGUGCGCGCUACCGGGAUGGCGUGAUGCGUGCGAUGGCCAACGGCGCCUACCCGCCGGCGCCCUUCGAUGGCACCGGGAUGCCGGCGCUGUGUGAGCAAGCGCGAGAGCUGUGCUUUGCCGGCCUGCCCUCUACCGGUCUCUUUGUCACUCCACCGCAGCUCAGCGAUCACAUUGGCGUGGGCCUGCUCCUGGACUUGGCUGCCCUCGGCACCGAGAGCGAGUUACUCCAGCGUCCCGGCAAGGUGAUCGAGGACCACAAGUGCAUGUAUCGACCACCCAUUGGACUGCACACCUUCUUUGCCGCCGCGGCCACUAAGAAGGCGGUGGCCUCCGUCCCCACGCCGCCUGUGCAGAGAGAGGUUGCUGCCGAUGACAAAGGCGUGCGCGAGGCGGAGGGCAGCGUAGCCGGACACAAGAGAGCUCCCGACAGCGGUGUACCGCUUUCUUCCUCCAACGCUAGCGCGAGCGCGAGGGCUUGGCCAGCGGUAGCCAAGUCUCGCACUGAAGACGGUGUCGCCGUUGCUGGUGGCGACGCAGAGCCGUGUAUGAUUGACGUGGAUUCGCUGUGA